AAACAUACCUUUCAUCAAUUAAUCAUUUCUUGUUUCCUUUUUUCUUAAAUUCUCAUCUUACCCAAUUCGAUUAGAUCAACUCAAGAAUCAAAAAAUCAAAGAAAACAUGGUGAUCAUUUGUCCGAAUUGUCCUAAAUCCAAUUUGAUACAUUGUAAAGUUCUACAUCAAACUGAUCCUAACUUUGGUAAAGAGUAUCAUGCUUGUUCGAAUUGUCAAUCAAAAUGGUAUGAUGAUGAUCCAAAUUUACCUAAACCUGAACCUGAAUCAAAGAAGAAGAAAUCUGUUUGGGAAAGAUUAGGAACUUGGGGUUCUCCAAGUUUACCAGAUGGAAUGAAUCAUACUGCAACUUAUAUCUUUCCACCUGUACAUGAUUACCCUCAGAUGGUCUUUCCUAUUACUGGGAAUCUGAAACCGAACUUUGUCAAUAGCGAUCGAAUGAGUACUCAAGCCGGUAAAGAUCCGAUCAAUCCUCCUGUAGCUCAACCAACACCUUCAGUUCAUGAUCUUGAUAUCCAACCUGCACCACCACCUCCUGCCCCAUCGAUUCAUGAAUCAAUAAGAGAACCGAGUCCUAUACCACCACCUCCUGAACCGACUCCUGAAGCUGUACCGGAACCUGAAAUACCUCAAUCGGUUCAACAAUUAAUUGAAGAAGAAGAAGAAAAUGCACUUUAUGAGAAACUUUUAAAAGUGGCAACAGAUUCACCAUUACCUACUCCUUUAAACAAACCGAUUGAUGAACUUUUAGAAG